GUGCUUUGUUGGAUCAUGACUUCCCCAAAGAGCCUAAACACCAAAGCCAUUCAUCUAAAGUAUACCUGGACUCGACACUGCAAUAUUAUUCUAUUUAUGAGCUCCGUAGCCAAUGAGAGCUUCCCAGCUAUUGGAUUGGAUACAAAGGAAGGACGAGGAGAGCUCUACUGGAAGACAAUUCGAGCAUUUCAUUAUGUGCACAAACACUAUUUGGAAAAGGCUGAUUGGUUCUUGAAGGCCGAUGAUGAUACUUAUGUUGCAAUUGAUAAUUUACGUUUUUUUCUCUCCAAUUAUACUCCCCAUCAACCUGUGUACUUUGGCAGUCGAUUUAAACCCCUAGUCAAUCAAGGCUACAUGAGUGGUGGGGCUGGCUAUGUACUCAGUAAGGAAGCCCUGAACAGAUUUGUGGAAGGAUUUAACACUAAGGUCUGCAACCACACAUCCCCUGUGGAGGAUUUGGAAUUGGGAAAGUGUAUGGAAAAGAUGGGAGUUACACCAGGAGAUUCUAGAGAUCCAGAAGGAAGACAGACCUUUCAUCCAUUUACACCUGAGCGCCACAUGACAAGUAAAGAUUUGUAUUACAAAAAUGUCUACAGCUUCUACCCAAUUAAAGAGGGUCCCCAAUGCUGCUCAGAUCUGGUUAUAUCUUUUCAUUAUGUUGAUCCUGUGCUCAUGUAUACACUUGAAUACUUUGUGUACCAUCUAAGGCCAUACGGAUAUUUAUAUCGCUAUCAGCCUCCGUUGCAAGAGAAUGCGGGCAGAUUACAAAGAAGAAACAUUACAGAACAAGGAGUAACUGAAAAUUCUAAAUUUGCAUCCACUAAAGCCCAGAGUGCCAAUGGAACACAGGCAUGGCCUUCGAAAAAAUCUCUUCUGACACCUUCAGGGUUCAUGCGACUGUCCCAAGCCCUGCCAAAGAUGCAUCCCCCUGUAGUCAACAUACUACUCACUGGGGCCACAGUCUCAUCUGAACCAGCUACUGCUGCAUCCCCACCAAUGGACUGCUUUGUCCCAUCACUAAGUAGCACCCAAACCCUCGCCAGUCCAGACUGA